AUGACGACCAUCUCUGACGUAGAGAGCAGCGACACCGUCGAGAGCUUCCGGGUAAGGGUGCAGGAGCAGGACGGCAUCGGGGCGAAGCAACGUCAGGGCGGCAUCGGGAUCCGGCCGGCGUGGCAGCGGCUCCUCUGCGGCGGAACACAGAUGGAGGACGGCCACACGCUCGCGGCCUACGGCGUGCGGAACGAAAUAACCAUGACCCUUCUCGUUCGCUGGCUUGUCAAUUACCGGACAAGGCCGGUCGAGCUGCACAUGGAUGUCACGGACACGGUGGGCAGGAUUAAGGAGCGCGUGGAGAAGGCGGAAGGUGUACCGGUGGAGUGCCAGAGCCUCUUGCUUGGUGCGGAGGAGCUUAACGACAGCCGCACGCUCUCCCACUUCAUCUUCGAGACGGGCACUUUUGUGAAGAUUCAGUGCGAGAGGGAGAAGAGAGGUGCCGUGACCAACACGACCACAAAGGGAAAGGGAGAGGAGGCGCCCGUGAUCGGCAAGGAAGUGGUUACUGGCGAUGUCACUGGCCCGGCCCGAAAAAAGAACAAGGGGAUCCCAGCCCCACAAUGGAGGCGCUUCGUUGUCCAUCUUCUCGGUCCAGAGCUAGCGGCGAUCUGUCCUUCCUCUUGUGACACGAACCCCGUUUAUUAG